CCUCCAUCCUUCGAAUUAAGGAUUUAAGGAUGUGACCUCUCUCUCUCUCUCUCUCUCUCUCUCUCUACUAUCAGUCUUUCACUUCCAUGGUUAGUGCCAAUAGAAACCUCGGCCAGCUUCAUUCCCUCUCAAAGCCUCUCUGUCUGUAUCUGUACCUUACUUGCCUUACUUAUCUCUGCAUUCAUGGCGUCUUUUAUUUUCUUGUUCUUCUUCAUUUCUGUCUGUGUGACACACCUCUCCCUUUCGUCUUCAGAGAUUGUGCUACCUCUGACUCACUCACUCUCUGAAACCCAAUUCAACCACACCCACCAGCUUCUCAAAUCCUCCUCUGUUCGUUCGACCACCAGGUUCCGCAGCCACUACCAUCAUGGUCAUCUCCACCACCGCCGCCAAAUCUCUCUCCCUCUCUCUCCCGGUAGCGACUACACCCUUUCCUGCUCUCUUGGUUCCGACCCAGUUCAAACCAUCUCCCUUUACAUGGACACCGGGAGCGACCUCGUUUGGUUCCCCUGUGCCCCUUUUGAAUGCAUUCUCUGCGAAGGCAAAUACGACAGCUCCACCGCCGCCACCACUCCUAACGUGUCUUCCUCUGUUUCCGUCCCCUGCAACUCCCCUGUUUGCUCCGCCGUCCACUCGUCCCUCCCCUCCUCCGACCUCUGCGCUGUCUCUCGCUGCCCUUUGGAAAGCAUCGAAAUCUCCGAAUGCUCUUCUUUCGCUUGCCCAUCUUUCUACUAUGCUUACGCGGAUGGAAGCCUCAUCGCCCGUCUGUACCGCGACAGUAUCUCAAUACCCAUGUCGUCUCCAUCACUCCAUCUGAAAAAUUUCACCUUCGGCUGUGCUCACACGGCACUCGGCGAACCAAUCGGCAUCGCGGGUUUCGGCCGAGGAACCCUUUCUUUACCAGCCCAACUAUCUAACCUCUCCCCCCAUCUCGUUAACUCGUUCUCUUACUGUUUGAUUUCUCACUCCUUCGAUGUUCAGCGAAUCCAUCGACCAAGCCCUUUAAUCCUCGGCCGUUACUCUCUGGAUGAUAAAAAGGGGAAGCAAUCUGUGAAUGGGGAAGAAGAGUUUCAGUACACAUCUAUGCUUAACAACCCCAAAUACAAAUACUUCUAUUGUGUCGGGCUUGAAGCGGUCUCAGUCGGAGGGAGUAGAAUUCCGACACCGGAGAGGUUGAAGAAGGUGAACAGGAAUGGCGAUGGUGGAAUGGUGGUGGAUUCGGGGACGACAUUUACUAUGCUUCCGGCGAGACUAUAUGAACUUGUGGUUUCUGAGUUCGAUCGCCGAGUCGGCCGGAUUUAUGAGCGGGCGAGAGAGACAGAAGACCAGACCGGGCUUGGUCUCUGCUACUACACUGAUAACUCGGUGGAUAAAGCGAUUCCAUUGAAGGUGCCCAAAGUGGCGUUUCAUUUUGUGGGUAACGCUAGUGUGGUUCUGCCGACCAGGAAUUACUUCUUUGGAUUCACAAACGGUGGGGAUGGAGUGGGGAGAAAGAGGAAGGUGGGGUGUUUAAUGUUAAUGAACGGUGGAGAUGAUGCAGAGUCUGGUGGGCCCAUGGCGACUCUGGGGAACUACCAGCAGCAAGGGUUUGAGGUGAUCUAUGAUUUGGAGAAGGGGAGGGUUGGGUUCGCCCGGAAACAGUGCGCCACCCUUUGGGAUAGCCUGAACCGGGGACGAUAACAACCUAUGAUGGUGGUCGCUGCGUGGCCAUAGGGUUUGAAUUUUUUUGUUAAAACUCAACAAACGUGCGAGGGCUGCGAAGGUUUUACCCGCACGUGGAGUUCUACUUGAAUUAUUGUGGGAAAAAAAAGGGUUGUGAAAAAUGUGUAUAUAUUUCUUUUUGGUAGAAUGAAAAAAAUGUAUACAUACAACAGUAAAAA